ACGAAUAUAUUUUUUAGAAAAGUAAAACAAAGAUAAAAAAAAAGCGAAAAAAAUUACACAAGUUCCAAGUAAACAAAGUAAACCAACUGCUGAGUCCUAUCAGCAAACCAACGAAAUGAGCGAGACCAAGAAACUACUCGACAUAUUGUUAUGCGACAUUUACGGCCAGCAAGAGCAGCUGGCUCGACGCAAGCGGCGCUCUAGAGGCAUGGAUUCGCAUCCAGAGAAUCAUCAUUCAAGAUCCACCAAGAAGAAGAAGAAGGGACAAAUGGCUCGCCUGGUCAGCGGUGUGACGGGUGGUCGUGCAGUCUUGGAAAAACUGGAUGUGCUCAAGCUCGUCGAUGUCGUUGCCAUUCUCAAGGUGGAGAUGCUGAUGAUGGGCUAUAUGCUUAAGACAGUUCUCAUAUCCAGGGAUCGGAUGCAACGGCAGCAGGAGGUUCUGUGCAAGUUCAUCGUCAGCGCAGUGGAGAGGCACGAUGCACAGCCUAAAAUGCGUUUUAGCCUCUCACCACCGCCACAGAAAGCCAUUAGCAGCGCCGCCAGCCUAACCUCCCCCAGCACCACCCCAAGCACCACCACCACCACCAACAAGAGUAGAGGCACCACCAACCACAACAUGCUGACACGCAAUGGAGGGGCCGGAGGAGGCGGAGUAGGCGCCUCCACUGCUGCGGCAGCCACCGAUGAGGAUGCUGCAUCGGAUUACAAUCAAUGGCUGCAUGCCAUGAAGCUGGUCGCCCGCCUGCCCGGUGGCACGCCACCCGAAUUCCGGCGCAAGCUGUGGCUCUCGCUGGCGGACAAGUACCUCAAGUCGAAGAACGUGGACUGGACCAAGCAGCGGGAGAAGUGCUUCUGCGAGGAGUGGCGCGAGGAUGACGAGGAGCUGGGCAUACAAAUCGUUAAGGACCUGCAUCGCACUGGCUCCAAUUUGUGCACUGGCCCCGCGGGAUCCAUCAACCAGGCCAAGCUGAAACGCAUUCUGCUUGGCUAUGCCCGCUACAAUCCCGAGGUGGGCUAUUGCCAGGGUUUCAACAUGCUGGGCGCUCUGAUACUGCAGGUCAUGGACAAGGAGGAGGAGGAGUCCAUGAAGGUCAUGAUCUAUCUGGUUGAGGGCGUACUGCCGACGGGCUACUUCUACGGCUCAAUGGGCGGCCUCCAGGCGGACAUGGGCGUAUUCCGCGAGCUGAUGCAAACGCGUCUGCCGCGCCUUGCCAAGCACCUGCAGCGGCUGCAGGGGCCCGUGGAGAAUGCCUACGAGCCGCCCUUGACCAAUGUCUUCACCAUGCAGUGGUUCCUCACCAUGUUCUGCACCUGCCUGCCAAUGUCCUGUGUGCUGCGCGUCUGGGAUCUGGUGCUCAUCGAGGGCAGCGAUGUUCUCCUCCGCGUCGCCCUCGUUCUCUGGAGCCUCCUCGAAGAACGCGUGCUCAGUGUCCGAUCGGCCGAUGAGUUCUAUGGCAAAAUGGGUUCCUAUUCGAGUGAACUGCUUAACGGCCAUUUGAUCGAUUCGAAUGGACUGAUCGAAAGAGUCGUCAAGCUAGGACCCAUUGCAGAUCUCAGGCAGCUGAGGGACAAGCAUCUGUACAACAUUGCCCCCCUGCGACACAAACAGGGACUGCAACUGUACUACGAUGACGAGGACACGCAUUCGGAUGAGGAGCGCAUGGCGGUGGCCACCGUCUGGGGUCUGAACUGGGGCCGUCGCGGCUCCGUGGGACCGGCAGCGGGCAAGCAGCCAACGGAGCAGAAGGAUCGCAUGGCGCUGGACAUUUCGCUGCUGAAGAAGCAGUACGAUCGGCUGAGGGAGCGCCAGAAACAGGCCCAUGUCAUCCUGACCACGGCCUGCUCGACGGCAGCGCGUCAGGGAGCGGCACCCAACACUUCCCAGCCCUCGGUGGCAGUCAAUCAGCUGCUCCUCGGCCGUCCGGCCAUCAUCACCAACAGGGGGAAGAGGGUGAGCGCUCCGCUGGGAGCCAUACCGCCUGCCAGGAAGCCCUCCCUGCCCGCUGUGCUGCACACCCAACCCUCCACGGAGAAGCAGCUGCGACGCGGCGAGACUCUGCUGUGGCGGGACACGGACCCCACCCGCAGACGCCGCGACAGCCUCACCUGGAAGGAGAUCAAAGCGGAUCGGGCGGCCAUGAUGCGCGAGGGCGCCGAAAAGACGCUAAAGGCGCCGAAGCUGCGCUCGCGAUUGGGCAAGAGCGACAGCUCCUCGUACAGCGAGGACAGCGAUGGCGAGCAGGAGGUCGAACGCCCCGCCGCAGGCUCCGGCGGAGGCUGUGGUGGGUCCAGCACGGACACCAGUCUGUGCGACGACGACGACCCCAAGUCGACGGAGAAAAGUCCCAAGCAAAAGGCGAGGCUGGCGCGCAAGCUCAAAGAGAAGCCGCAGCUGACGACGGUAUCGCGGGAGGCGAGCUUGGAGCGCCAGAGACCCAAGUCGUGGGCGCCCAGCUCCCAUGAAAUACCCUUCAUGCUGAUGGGCACGGAGAGCGGGGACGAGAAGGAGCCGGCCGCCAAAGGGGAGGCGGAAGUUGCAGUGGACAGUGCCACCGAAAGCGGCCGCCACGCCAGCAAGCUGGAGCCACUGCAGCUGCUGGUGGACUUGGAGAUUCCGGGAAUCACCAGCACCAGUCAGCUGUCGCCGAUGCCGGACAUGGCCAGCUAUCUGGGCACGAGCUGCAUCAGUCCGCUUCCAACGCCCCGGCCGAUGUCCGUCGCUCCCGUGGGCAUUGAGGCAGCAGCCGAAGAGGAGCAGGGCGUCGAGCCCACUGCCCGUGGGUUCGAUGUCAGUGACGAUGGCGUUACCAAUCAGUAUUUCGAGCGGGUCAACAGUGUGGAGCGGCCCAGCCGCCUCGAGCUGUCCUACUCCCUCAACGAAGAGGAAACGGACGCCCGAGCGGUGUACAUGGAGCAGCGGGCUCAGGUGGAGGGUCAGAGCGGCGGGCAGGAGGCGAAGGCCACUUCUGCGCCUCAGCUGAGGGAGGAGCUGGUGGAUGAGGCGGAUGGCAAAGUGCCGCAGAUCCGCGAUGACAACAUUCCCGGCGAAAACAAAGACGACUACAAGGAGGUGCUGAGCAUGACGAUAGAGUCGCACAACCGACCCGCCCCUCCGACAGCCACCAGUCUAAGCAAUGCCAGCCGGAAGCGUCACGACCCGCGACGCAAGACGCUGACCAGAUCCUCGACGAUCGAUAUCGAAGAACGUUUCCAGGCGCUGGAGCAUCGCUUCAGCCAGGAGCAGUCCUGUGAUAAGCCCAAGUAUAUUCCCAGCACGGCCGCUUUGGAGGAGCGAUUCGAGACGCUGGAGAAGCAGCUCAGUGCCGAGAAGCUGCGCAAGGAGCUGGAGGAAAUGGAGGAUCCCGAAGUGGGUGAAAAGUCCGAGCGUAUUCCCUCAACAGCCGAUCUCGAAACCCGUUUCAAUGCCUUAACCAAGCAAAUGAGUUCCAGCGAAUCGAGUUCCAAGGUGCCCAUCGAACUGGGUGAUGCCGCGCAGUCCGGGGGCAGUGGCAGUGGCGCGAAAGAACAGCAGGACAGCGAGAAGACCAGCAAGCUGCACAGAUCAGAGGACUCGCAAUCAGAGGCAAAGGAAACAAGAGCAGCAACAACACCCAAAAGUGAAAGCAGCAAAGGAACGGAAAAGGAAGUCAAGGAAACGGAGCAGCCACGCCUUAGGAAACUGCCCUCGACAGCCGAGCUGGAGGAUCGUUUCAAUGCGCUGGAACGCAAGAUGAGCGUACAGAAGAGUAGCCCUGCCAAGACAAAAAAGGAGCCACCCGACGAAGAGCAGGACAAGCAGGAACCAAAGGCCAGAAAAGAGACAGAGGUCUCAGCAAAUGGGGAGGAGAAACCCAAAGAAAGCCUGGUCUCUAAGGGUGCAAAGGAUUCCGAAGAAAGCGAUAGGCAAACUGAAACGGCUAAAGAGAAGGACAAGACACCAACGAAGACCCCCGAAGAAAAAGAAACGUCUAGAAAAGUCCAAGCAGAACCAGCAGGAAAAGACAACGCCGACAAGUCAGUGGAAACAGAAGAGCUGAAAGCAACACAAACCAAAAAGCAGCCGGAACCCGAAAAGGUUGAAAACUCGCCCACAACGCAGCAGGAAAUUCAGGAGGAACCUGUGAAGACUCCACGCAAGUCGCCACCAUCCACCGAGGAGCUGGAGAAGCGGUUCAACGCGCUGGAGAAGCAGCUGAGCACAACCAACCUGGAGACAACCAAGGAAGCUGAGCAAACGAAAUCCACAGCGAAAGCGAAGAAAUCAGAGGGCGAAGUUCGAGCCGAGGAGAAGCGCAAGAGUUUCGAGGAGAGAUGCAAGAGUGCCAGCAAGACAUUGGAAGCCAAGGAAGAAGAUGUGAAAAUGGACGAAACUCCAUCAAAGAAGGCGGAAGAAUCUACAACAAGGAAUAUUAAGGAAUCUCCCGGCACUAAAAUGGAAAAUACUCAAUCAAAAAACACUGAGGAAACCGAACAGAAAGAUCUCAGUAAGCGACGAGCGUCGGAGCCGCCCUCCACGGAGGAUCUGGAAAAGCGCUACGAAACCCUGAAACGCCGCAUGAGCAGCAAGAAUCAAUUUUCCACUCAAAGCGAGACCGUGAAUCAAGCUCUCGAACGGAUCGAGCAGGAGGUCAUCUCCGAGAGCGGCGAGGACCGAGCGGGGGAGAAGAAGAAACAGCCGCCGACCACGGAGGAUUUGGAGAGUCGCUUUGAGGCGCUGCAUGGCAAGGACAAGGCGGAGACCAAGACCAAGCCCAAGACCCAGCCCAAGCUGGUGGAUGUAGCCAUUGAGGCGCAUAUACCUGAACCGCCGCCACCUCCUCCAUUGCCACCCGCAGAGCUCAGGAUACUGGCGGCGCCCACACUGCACCAGCAGCAGGCACUCAUCGAAGAGCUGCAGAGCAAAAUGCAGGGACAAUCGCCGGGAGAGGAGAACCUCAAGCCCAGCCAGAUCAAUCCGCAGCGAAGGCGACAGCAGCAGCAGGAACAGCAGCAGCAACGACAACGGCAGCUGCAACUGCAACAGCGACCCACAACGAUGGGCGAUGAGACCUCGGAAGCACCUGCAAACACGGCUUACUACAGAUCGGGAAAUUAUGAACCCUGGCAGCAGCGAACGGUUCGUCGUUUCUCCGAUUUGCCCUCCAGGGCCGAUCUGGAAAACCGAUUACAAUUCCUGGAGAAGCAAUUGUAUAAGAAAUUCUACAAGCAGCGCUGUGCAAGUGAUUCCGAAGUUGCAUCGAAGGCCAAUGUCCGCGUGUGCACUGAUGAUGGGCCCAGCACAUCGCGCCAGGCACUGGCCGAAGGCCACCUGGAGCAGCGUGUCCUGGCCCUGGAGAAGCAGCUCAGCGAGAACAGUCUCAAGUUGCUGGAGGCCAUGCGCGAGAAGUCAUCGGCGGCGGCAGUGGCGGCUGUGGCUGCCACCCACAGCGAUGACAGCGGCUCGCCGCGUCGGCUUAGCACGGACACCAUCGAUGCGACCACCGGCAAGGAGCUGGUGCGAUACACGCAGAACUUUGGCGAGCUGGAGGAUGUGGACUCGCACAAGCCCAUCAACAUCAGCAUCAACAUCAAAAUGACGGUCAACAAGGACACCGAGCGCAAGAGGAGCGAGUCCAAGCCCACCACAGAGGACCUUGCACGACGUCUGGAGCAGCUGGAGGCGCAGUUGGUGGAGGAGCGAGCCAAGAACGGCACCGUCACCCUCAUCCCAGAGAAUGAAACUCUGGAAGAGCCGCAGACGGAUAAACCCGAUGAGAGUGAAGCCUCCAGAAAGCAGGAAAAGGAUUGCCACAAUCAGAAUGUCAAAAGCGAUGAGACGGUAAGAUUGGAGGACUCCCCGCCAAAGAGCAUUGAGCCCGAGACGGUGAAGGAGACCAAGACCCUGGAGAAUGAGGAGAUAGCCCUGGCCCGGGCCAAAGAGGUAGAUAUCGAUAAGCCAGCUAAUGAGGAUCCACAAUCCGAGGUACAAGCAGCGAAUACCAAACAGGAAGAUGUAAUCAAACCCAAAGAUGGUAAGGAACCUCCCACCUCUCCCAAAGCAAUCGAACCCCUUCUAGCUGAGAAAGAAAAACCCAAAAUCGAAGAAACUAAAGCAACGCCAAGCGGUUCAGGCGAGGAAUCCUCCAAUCAGCUGCCAGAGAAGACCCCAACUAGCAGCGACUCCUCCAAGGAAAUGCCAGACAAAGUGGUCAGCAAGGACAGCGAUAUUGGUGGACCCGUGGAGGGCAACAACAAGACUGUUGUGCUCCCUACGGACAGUGAGCCCAAAGCUUCGCGGCUGAGGCGCCUGACCCGAGCCAACACCGAAGAGCUCGAAGAUCUCUUUCAGGCGCUGGAAAAGCAGCUCAGCGAACGGAAUUUAGUCAAGUCUGAAGAUGGUCGCCUGAUACGCGCUGACAGCAAGCCAUCCACCGAGCAAGUGGAGCAGGCUCAGGCCAUUACCGAUCUGACCAAAGAGAUCGAAGAUUUCACCAGUGGAAAGCCAGAAGAAAAGCUGGAAAAGGAGCCCAAAGAAGACAAGUUGGAGGCAGAAGAGGUAGAAGAGCCGAACGACUAUGACUGGGGACCCAAUCCGGUCAAGCAUCACCUGAAGCGAAAAACUGUCUACUUGCCCUCGACGAAGGAGCUGGUGGCACGAUUCCGUUCGCUUGAGCGGCAAAUCAAGCUGCUCGAGGACGUGGAAAAGAUCGAUGUGGAGCAGCGCUUGAAGGAAAUCGAACGCAAGAUCAAGCUGCAGUACUCGCUCUCCCACGAGAAGGACCUCAACAAGUAUCUGGAACUGUGCGAGGGCAAGGGCCUGGACGAGCUCGAAGUGGAGGAAACACCAACCAAGGACGAGCCACCUUCAACAGCCAACCAACGUUCGCGUAGUCCUGCACGGAAGGUGGCCACCAAAUCGCCAUACACUUCUCCGUCGCGCAAGGCAGCCACCAGGUCGCCGUACACUUCUCCGUCGCGCAAGGCAGCCAGCAGCAAGUCGCCGUAUGCGUCGCCGUACACAUCGCCGUACACCUCACCAUCUCGUCAGCGUCAGAAGACGCCGCACUCGUCGCCGACGCGAGUCGCCCCCGAAAAGAAGCUGAAACGGAGCCCCUACACCUCGCCAGUACGCCGCCAGCCGCAUCCCAAUGAUCUGCCCAUCUCCGAUGACCUGGAGUUCAAGUAUCGAGUGCUCGAUCUGGUGCGGUCCAAGUCGAAGGAGAAUCUGGCCAGGCGCAUGAACGAUCCCAAUCGGAAGCCAGCCAUUCAUCCACUCGAAAUGCUGCUGGAUCCGAGUCCCGAUGGCAGCGAAAUACCCUCCACCGGGGAGCUGGAGCAUCGCAUUCGCCUGCUGGACGAGAAGCUCAGGUCACCUGUACGCCCCUCCCGACACAAGUCACGCUCCCGCUCCCCCACCAUCGAGGACAUGAAGCGCAAGAAGAUGCUGGAGGAGCAGCAACCCCGCACGCCGGUGCACAAUCUGGAGCGUCUAGUCAGCUCUCCGGGCAGGCCAGAACCGCCCACGGCUGAGGAGCUGGACGUGCGCAUGCGGGCCCUAGAGCAGGAGCAUACCUUCGACUUCAAAACACAAAAGGACUACAAGGCCUUCAACCAAAAGCUCAAGGACGUCAUAUCGCCCUCGAUCUCGUUCGAGGAGUUCAAGGCGGCCAAGUCGCGCGAACAGAGUCCUCGCCGAGGGGGUGCCACGACGCCAAAGUCGGCGCUGCGACGCGAUGACCCCGAUGAUUAUCGACGCGAGGACACACACACGCACUAUCGACCCACCAGUCCCAAGGUGAUACGCUUCCGGGACGAGGACGAGGACUACUUUGAGGAGGCGCCGCGCCCAAAGUCGCGACAGUCCAGCGAACGAAUGGUGGGCACCACAAAUGAGGUUAUGGAAUGUUUAUCGGAGAAUACUAAAAUUCUUCAACGUAUUCUUAAGAAGACUCUUGCAGAUCAGCCUCAGCCAUCAAGCAUGCGCAGCUACAGCAGCAGCUCAGCAGAGGGUCUAGACGCCCUUGGCAGUCGCCUGAUGAGGGAAACCUCUCCCAUCACCCGUACUGGCACGCACACGGGCGUGCCGCUGCGGACAACGGGCGAGAACAUCAACGAUCGGCUGAGCUCCAUCAAGAACAGCAUCAAGUCCAUUGACACGCUGUGCGAGGAGAAACCUUACCAGAAGGAGAAGUGCCAGCGGUACAUUGACUCGCUGUUCGCCGACUCGCUGCACUUUGCCAGCAAGAAGAGUUCCGUGGAGGAUCUUGCGCACAGUCGCAGCGAGAGUCGGGGCAGGACCAUGCAGCGGUCGAGCGAUUAUACGCCAGCUAUAAGGAUAACGUCGGAGCAUCGUUCGCUGGGCUCGGCAGAGUCGCGGCGCUCGUUGAGUCCCCUGGGCAGGGACGUGAGUCCGCUGCAGCAUCAUCGCUCGCACAGGGACAUCAGCAGGGAUAUGUCGCCGCGCAGGAGACGCGACCAGGAGGAGCGCGAGGAGCGCGAGAGCAGUAGGGUAAGACGUGAUAAUAUGUUGCCAAAUUAUUUUGCUGAUAAUCGUAGCGAACUAAGUAGCGGGAGUAGUUUAACCAAGUUUCAUAAAGUAGAUAGACAACUAGAAGAGACGUGCGCCAAGUACGCGGACGACAGACGCUCGGCCUGCAGAACACCGUUGAGCUCGCCAUACGAGACCCAGACCCGAUCCACAGCCACACGGCACACCACCAACUACAACUACAAUGCCACCACCACCACCACAACAACAGCAACAUCCACAGGUAGCACAGUAACAGGAACAGCAACGGCAACGGCCAUCGAUAGUUUCCCCAGGCCCGUGUCGCCCUACCGACAGCCCUACGAUCCGUACAGGCGUCCGAAUGCCCCUGCUCCUAGUCCUGCCUACCAGCCAGCCAAGCUGGAGAUUCGCCACACCACGGUGACCUCGACCUUCUAUGAUCGCUUCCUUACGGAGAAACAAAUCGAGAAACAGACCCUCUCCCGUCCGCCCAGCCGUUCGCCGGUGGUGUCGCCAUCGAUCACCGCCAAGAGCUAUAGCGAUCUCUACCAGUCGAUCUCCGCCACGAGCAGCACCUCCAUCCCCAUUACCACCACUGGCAUCACCUCAUACAUGUCCAGCAGCUAUGCGGGUCCCUCAUUCUCCCUGCCCGGCGGCAGCAAUUACUCAUAUCUCAGCACGCACACGGCCGCAUCCGGAUCCGGCAAAUCUCUCUCGCCUGGCGGCAGCACAACAUCCGCUACAGCCACCACGACAUCGACCUCCACCUCUUUUGUGCCCUACAACUUCUCCAGCUCCUUGGGCAGUCGUUUAAGCGAACCCACUACCAGUUCCAGUGCCCCUGGCGUGACCACUGCGACGAGCUCGCUGACAUACUCCACUGGGGUGUACAAUCCAAUGAUGUCGUUCACAUUGCGGGAGCCCUUGACCAGCAGCUCCCUGGGCGGGACGGGUACUGCUGCUGGUACUGGCACCUCCUCUCUGCUCGGUCAAUAUCAGUUUAAGAGUAGCUUCAGCUCGGGCUAUACCCCCAAGACGCCAACUGAACAGGACAAGCCAUAGAGAGAGAGAGAGAGAGACGCACCCUUCAAUUGAUCGUGAACCAAAGGUUGUCAUUGACAUACUCUACCACUGACACACAAACACACACUUACACACACACCUAACCUCAGUCCGCAUAAAGACCAUUUACAGUCUCAACUGUGCAGCUGUUCGCACUAAAAAUCAAAACAGAUCAAGCUCAAAUUGAAUACUUUACGAGUAAAUAUUAAAAACAUCCGAAGAGACGUAAGGUAACACACCACAAGCAAUAUAAACAUACAAUAAUACACAUCAAAUAUACACACACACACACACUACACAUACAUA